GUGACUUUACGCCUUGUUGGUUUGCUAAUCGCUAAGAUGGUGGAUGGGGAUAUUACGCCAGAGGAUAAGGUAUCCUGCUGUUCAUACCUGGUUAAAUCGACAAUUUUGUUUUAAAGGCUACUAUAUGUGCUAGAUUGGUUUUACUUGCACCGCCCUGUGAAUUUAAUGAAGUAUUAGAUGAUAUCCGUUGUUUCGCUGGUGAUGACCACCAUAUUCAUGAGAAGCUAGCAGCAUCAGUAGCACAGUAUAACAAGGACCAAAUGAUCCAUGUGAAGUUACCAAAUUGCGAGUAUCCGACUCUGAUUACUGCUUACGCAGACUUGGGGAAUGGAUAUUUUAUGUGUCCUAGAUCGCAGUUGACAUUUCAUUUUGACCAUCUCAAGCAGACAGUCAGUGAUGUUAAAAGUUUUGACAAGAGUAGCUUUGAUAAUAUAGACUGUGAUCUGGAGAGUUGGAGGCGUGCCUUAGAAGAUAGCGCUACUGUCUAUGUAAACGAACAUUUCCCUGAUGGAGCUGUCGAAGUUUACGCUCUGAGGUCGAAUGAUAGUGCACGCUGUCUUGUUAUGUGCAUUGAAUCUCACUUCAGCAAACAUCAAUCAACUGGACGAUGGCGAUCAGAAUGGACUUUCAAGCUAGUUGGACAAAAAUCGAUGGAAUUUUCGGUUCAUGGUGUUAUUAAAGUUCAGACACAUUUAUACGAAGAGGGGAAUGUUCAAUUGAUUUCAUCGAAAGAAGUUGAUUUUGUUGUCUCUGAAUCUAUCCCUAGGGUAUUUGCCAGGGAGUCAAUAAAGAGAAUAAAAGAAGCUGAUUGUGCAUAUCAAACUUUUGUAUUCCCUUCAUCUGAAGUUUGUAGUUGCUUUAGUCAUCCGUGGGAAUAUUGGAUUUUCUGAGCCGGAUAAUUUAGUCGUAAAGUUUCCAUUGUCUUUCUAGGCCACAUCAUUAGGACAAAUUUCAAAUGGGAGUGAGUUAUCUGAAUUCCUACAUGAGUGACUGACAGUUUCUGUUGAAAUUGGAUUUAAUUAGUUGUCUUCCAUUAUUGGCUGGUGUAUAAAUCAUUUCAAACAGAAUAAUGUGCUACCUCCGAGAUUCUCACCUAACUCUACAGGUCAUAGUCACCUUGUCCGAAUUACAAACUUUAUGGAUAUUGACUUACCACAAAACAAUAUUGCCCCCAAAUGUCCUGGUACAGUCGAGAGCGGGGAGAACCAGCUCUCCCUCUCCAAAUGCUCUCACAUGGUCACGUGCAUACAACCACUGCCAGGGAAGUAGGUAUCAUUACCAAGGUUUGAUUUGAUAAUUUUGAAUAAAUUGAGCAUUGGGUAGACUGUUAUAAAUAAAUAAAUGACCAAAUUUGGUGAUUUAUUCUCCAAAGAAGUGACUUACACUAAUUCACGAAACGUCAGAAAAUUUUAUUUUUUCUACUCAUUGUGAUAUUACAAAUAUAUUAUUUAUGUAUUCACUGCCAGGGAAGUCCUACUCACUGCUUUCUCAUAGCGGUGGUGUUGUUUACGAAAUUGAGAGGACGAAAAUCGAAUGUCUGGCGCUUUAACCGAGUUAGUGGAUAUGGAGGAUUCACCUAGGGGAGUUGGAAAACCCUCUUUCCAAACCAAUAGUACACAUGGGCUUCAGUAUCCUGAGGGAGAAAAAGGCGUAUGAACCUAUUGUUGGUCACCGGCUACUAUAAAACUGCAUCUCCUUACGUUGCUCCACUGCCUUGUGGAUCAGACCUUUAGGUUGAAAGUUUCGGGUGUGGCCCUCUAAGAAAACCACGUGCUUCGGUUUGGGCACCCAGACAGUAUUCUAGCCCUCACACAAAUCGAAUGGUUUAUGUGGCGUAUAUCUGUUUGGUGCCUUCUUGUACCAAUGUUUAUGUAUUUAAAUAAAUAAAUAAACAUUUGUCUGGCCCUAUUAAAGAGAUUAAAGUCAGCUGAUAAUGUGAAUUGCGUAAGGAAACGGUAGUGUGAUUCAAGUGACUAGAACGAUAGUCAACACAUUCUAAGCGACAGUCUUUUUGACUAUCAUAGAAAUUACUACCUCAAAUCUUUCCUUUGUAUUAUGUUCAUUCUAUCUUAAUACUGCUGUUUUUAUGUGGCUAGUUAGCCCACCCCAUUUAAGUGCCACGCCGCAGGUUGUUUAUUGCUGACUAAUCACUAUAUAUACUUUUUUUGUAGGUUGCCAUUGGCGAGAACUUCAAA